GAUGGAUUCCCUGGUGGAGGGGAACCACACUGCAGUGACAGAGUUCAUUUUAUUGGGCUUAACACAUGAUCCAGUCCUUCGAGUCAUCCUCUUCAUCAUCAUCCUGGGCAUCUACCUGGUCACCAUAUCUGGAAAUCUCUGCACCAUCCUUCUCAUCAGAGUCUCCACUCAGCUCCACCACCCCAUGUACUUUUUCCUAAGCAAUUUAGCUUUUGUUGACAUAGUCUUUUCAUCUUCUGUCACACCCAACAUGUUGGUCAACUUCCUGGUGGACAAAAAUAUAAUCUCCUACCAUGGAUGUAGCAUCCAGCUGGGUACAGUUGUUUGCUUUGGGACAGUCGAAUGCUUUCUUCUGGCUGCCAUGGCCUAUGACCGCUUUGUGGCCAUCUGUGACCCGCUGCUCUAUUCAACCAAAAUGUCCACAGGAGUCUGUGUGCAGUUACUUGUAGUUUCUUACAUAGGGGGUUUUCUGAAUGCUUCCUCCUUUACCGUUUCCUUCUUUGGUUUAACCUUCUGUGGACCCAACAGAGUCAAUCAUUUCUUCUGUGAUUUUGCUCCUUUAGUUGAGCUCUCAUGUUCGGUACACAGCAUUUUUAUACUUGUUUCCACUUGUUCUGCUGGUUCUAUAAUUGUGUUCACAGUGAUUGUCAUAGCCAUCUCCUACAUAUACAUCCUCAUCACCAUCCUGAAGAUGAGAUCCUCUGAGGGCCGCCAAAAGGCCUUCUCCACCUGCACCUCCCACCUCACUGCGGUGACUUUGUACUAUGGGACCAUUACAUUCAUUUAUGUGAUGCCCACAUCCAGUUACUCCACUGACCAGAACAAGGUGAUAUCUGUGUUCUACAUGGUGGUGAUCCCCAUGUUGAACCCCCUCAUCUAUAGUCUUAGGAAUAAUGAGAUUAUGGGGGCUUUGAAGAAAGUGCUUAAGAGUAAAAUAUUAUUUUAG